GGGAUGCGCCUUGGGUGCACUCGGCUUCCGCAGGCAUUCGGCCUCCGCUCAGUCCCCACUUGGCCUCCGGCGCGAUGGCGGGCACUGCACUGAGGGUUGCAGGGCGGCAGCUUAGUCAACACAGAGGGUCUGGAGCCCCCAUCCUCCUACGGCAGAUGUUUGAGCCCAAGAGCUGCACAUACACUUACCUCCUGGGUGACAGAGAGUCCCGAGAGGCCAUUCUGAUCGACCCGGUUCUGGAGACAGCGCAUCGGGAUGCCCAGUUGGUCAAGGAGCUGGAGCUACGGCUGCUGUAUGCUGUGAAUACCCACUGCCAUGCGGACCACAUUACCGGCUCCGGGCUGCUCCGGUCCCUACUCCCCGGCUGCCAGUCUGUCAUCUCCCGCCUUAGUGGGGCCCAGGCCGACUUGCACAUUGAGGAUGGUGACUCCAUCCACUUCGGGCGCUUCGCCUUGGAGACCCGGGCCAGCCCCGGCCACACCCCAGGCUGUGUCACGUUCGUCUUAAAUGACCACAGCAUGGCCUUCACUGGAGACGCCCUGCUUAUCCGAGGGUGUGGGCGGACAGACUUCCAGCAAGGCUGUGCUAAGACCUUAUACCACUCAGUUCAUGAAAAGAUCUUCACACUUCCAGGAGACUGUCUGGUCUACCCUGCUCAUGAUUACCACGGGUUCACAGUGUCCACUGUGGAGGAGGAGCGGACUCUGAACCCUCGGCUCACCCUCAGCUGUGAGGAGUUUGUCAAGGUCAUGAACAACCUGAACUUGCCCAAACCUCAACAGAUCGAUGUUGCUGUUCCAGCUAACAUGCGCUGUGGGAUCCAGACCCCCCCUUCCUGACCCUGACUCUCAAGUGUUCGUAUCCAGUUAAGAAUGCACUAGGAGGGGUGAGGGGAGCGGUGCCGUCACCGGAGCUUCUCUCCUCUUCGCCUCCCUUACCAGCCCCUCAAGCUUCUUAAAUAAAAAAAUAUAUAUUUUUUUCCUCUGAA